UUAAAUUCUUUUCCUCCAAUGUCAUCCUGCUUGUGAGAGGUCCCCAACAUCAAAGUUAAUAGUAUCUUUUAUUUAAUCCGUUGUGUUACAAAAAGUGGUCAUUACGAUGCAUUACACGUAAAAUCUUCAAAUUAUGGUAGCCACCAAACAAUACCAAUCCAAAAUCAGCCAAACCAAAAGCUAACCAGUACAAAAGUUCCCUACCCACCCCGUUCUGAAACGUUUUGAUUAAUCCGAUCCAAAAUCGCGUUUUACUUGCCCGGUCAACAAAAAUACGUUUAAACAUGCCCAUUGGAAGCAUUAUCAAAAAGGCAUCUAGCUUUAUACUAGGUGACGAAAGAUUGGAUAAAAAAAUCGAUAUUUCUUACGAAGACAACGAAAUCCUCUUCUGCAAGAAUAACGUUUGCAUUCAUCCACCCACAAUCGCGCGUGAUGAGUCGGAUAUAUUGCACAAUCCGGGAUAUCUGACGUGCACUACUAAAACCUUUGUGGAUCAGUAUAAUAGUGCUAAAAGACCCACACUUCUGCUCACUUGGAUACCUAACUCUUCACUAUGUAAAUACACCAACCUAAGCACCGAAGAUUGUCGGGGUCAGUGCAACCCGAGGACCAAGUCCCCGGACUCCCGAAAUGGCUAUUGCCACGUAACUAUUCCUCAGACGAUCCAGGAACGGGACAUCCGAGAAGAGGACGACAACGCAGCGGAAAUGCAGGAGCUCAAGAACGAGCUACAACCCUUGUUAGGUGGCCAAACCGCAUCUAUUGACGAUUUAACGGCAUUGCUAAAGAAUAACCCCAUUACAUCGGUGAACAUAACGAUUUCGAAUCCGCAAAUCGAAAACAGUAAUAUUUCGCAAUCUUUUAACUGCAUUACUAUUCGACCGGAUGGAAAUAAUUGCGCGGAGUGCGCUAGUGGAAAUGGGGUUCCGGAUGCGAUAACAUCAGAUAACCCGAAAUGGACAACUCCAGAACUACUGGCUUAUAAGCACAACUUGGAGUUUCCGGAUAGCGGUAAUUCGACACCAGCCGAUCGCCAGAAAUCGGUUAUGAAGUGCCGCCACUUCUCCGUUGAUUUGAGCCAAAUGAGGUCACUUCGCCUUUUCUUUAACGAUGAUAACUGUACUUCCGGUCAGCUGGUAAUCGCUUCGAGAGAAUCGCAGUACAAAAUUCUGCAUUUUCACUAUGGCGGACUGGAUCAUCUGGCCCAAGUUUUGCAUCAGUGGCACUGCUUUCUGCACAAUAUCACGUCGGAAACGGGGCAGGAUAAAUUCGAUUUACCCUACAGGCAUUUUAUGGUUUGUCGUCCGGAGGUAAAGAAAUCGGAAAUGCAUCCGGAUGAGGGGGACGUCAAGAAGAUUACUACAAAUUUCUUCUACGGCACACUGCUCAAUGAAAAGGGUCAAAUCGAGGAUGAUUUGCUCCUGCGGAAAUGCGUUUUCUUUGGCGGUCUUGAAAAGAGUUUGCGCAAGACAGUAUGGCCAUUUCUCCUGAAGUGCUAUUCAUUCUCAUCGACAUUCGAGGAUCGCGCUGUCCUGAUGGAUAUUAAACGACAGGAAUACGAGGAAAUUACCCGAAAACGACUCUACUCAAUGUCACCGGAGCAGCAAAUACACUUCUGGAAGACCGUGCAGUGUGUGGUGGAGAAGGACGUGGUGCGCACUGAUCGCACUAACCCUUUCUUUUGCGGCGAUGAUAACCCCAACACCGAAGUUAUGAAAAACAUUCUGCUCAACUUUGCCGUGUACAACACUGGGAUGUCCUACUCUCAGGGUAUGAGUGAUCUGCUAGCACCCGUGCUCUGCGAGGUGCAAAACGAGUCGGAGACCUUCUGGUGCUUCGUGGGCCUGAUGCAGCGGGCGUUCUUCGUGUGCACGCCCACCGACAGGGAUGUGGACCACAACCUUAGCUACCUACGCGAACUGAUCCGUGUGAUGCUCCCGCGCUUCUACGAGCACCUGGAGCAGCAUAAUGACUCAAUGGAGCUCCUUUUCUGCCACCGAUGGCUGCUGCUCUGCUUCAAGCGCGAGUUCACGGAGGCGGUGGUUAUCCGGAUGUGGGAGGCCUGCUGGUCGAAUUACCUGACGGACUAUUUUCACCUGUUCCUUUGCCUGGCCAUCAUCGCCGUCUAUGCGGAUGAUGUCGUGGCCCAGAACUUGCGCCCGGACGAGAUGCUCCUGCACUUCAGUUCACUGGCCAUGUACAUGGACGGGCAGCUGAUCCUGAGAAAGGCGCGCGGUCUGCUCCACCAGUACCGCCAGCUGCCAAAGAUCCCCUGCACGUUAAGUGGCCUGUGCAAGCGUUGUGGACCCGGGAUGUGGGAUUCCGAGCAUCGUCCUGCGCUUGAGUGCGUGGGCCACAGCGACGAUGAGAAGUGCUCGCUGUCUAUUGACUAGUUAUCUAAAUAUACACUGUUUAAACUCAGCAAUAAUUAUUGUUGGCGACUGAUAAUUCGUCAUUAACUAUUAGCACAUGUAUUUUGCUUUCUCUCCAAUAUUUAUUGGAGUGCUUGGCUCUCCAAAAAGACUUUGGCCUCCUACUACGUUUCAACGCCAUUUUUGUUUUGUAUUUAAAAAUGUUGAUCGUUACAUUUUCCCUUUAUUCUUAUUUGCGAAUACUUUAACCAUUCAUACUGUUACUAACUAGUUGAUGCUUAUGUCUAAACAGAAAACAUAUUAUUGGUAAAAUACUUGGUUUCGCAAAUAACUGGCAAAUAAACGUAGAGUGCAAUUUUUGUUUUGGUUAGUAGCCUAUUUAUAACCGCCUAUGCCCAAGAUAUAUAUAAGCCAGCUACAAAAUGUAUAAAAAAAAUAAAAGCAUUGGAAUAAAUUUCAAAAA